AUGGGCUCAGGACAAGGAAAAACCCGAAUUAAGAAUUGUUUAACAGGAUUAGAUUAUUUAUAGAAUUUGAUUCCCAAUGUUGAAGUAUAGUUAAGUAUUGAGGUGUAAGGAUAGUUAAAAUAAGUUAUACUUAAAAUGCCAAAAAUUUCGAAAGAAAUAGAGAAUUAGUUCAAAUAUUUUGGUUAGGAUCAUUUGGAUUUUGAAAAAUACAUUCCAGAAGACUAUGAACACUUAAAUAUGUUGUCUACUUUUUAGAAAAAGCUGCUUGAACCUCCAACGAUAAGAAGUUAACUAGAAGAGGACGCAGCUGAUUAACAUUAAGUCUAAUUAAAAAUCAAUGAUAUCAAAUCAUUAAGAAUGUUUGAUAUCAAAUAGUUAGAUACAUUUAAAUGCAGCAAACUGCAAGAACCUGGUUGGAUCUCAUUAAUAAAGGGUAUUAAAAAUUAUUGUACAAUCACAAAUACUUUAUUAUUGCAAUGCGAGAAGGACUAAAAACUACAAUGGAUCAUUUAUGUUACAAUAUGGGAGCAUUUCUCAUAAAAGUUAUCAAAUUUAUCGAAGAAAUAUUCGUUUUAAAAAAUUAAUCAAGCUUUUGAUGAGCAUUUUCACACCAACUUAAGACCAAGUUUAAAAGUAGAAAUGUUUGGAGCAAAAAUUUGGGGUGGAUAAGUAAGCAUAGAUAAAUAAUUUGCUAUAAAUUAAAUACUAUUAGGUAGAAAGGAGAGAAAAUCAGAUCUCCCCUUAAGUAGAAUUGCUACAGUCCUUAUGGAAAUGAGUACGGAUGUUUAUAAUUUGUAAUUUGCAGGCAGUGAUGAAUUUGUUAUACCAAAUAUAAUUCAAUAACUAUAGGAAUAGAGCAAAUAAUUGUACGAGGAAAAAUUUAAAGGAGAUUAUCAUGACUUUUUUCAAUUUUGGUUUCUUGAUAAUUAGUAUGUACUUACCAUAUUUCCAGAAUGGAUAGUGGAGAAUUAUGUUGAUACUAUUUUAUUUGAUUUCGUAGAGGAUCUCUUUUGUCAAUAAAUACUCAAACUCACUUAGGAGGAAUAAUAAUAACUUAAUAAUACCUAUUUUAAGGAAUAUCAAAUUCAGCCCAUAUUUUUAGAUGCAAAUGAGUUGGGUCUUGAUUUUGAAUAGUCGUUAUAAAAUCUACUCACUUUUGAUUAAUUUUUGAAAUCUCAAUAAGAACCUACGAUUAGUGCAAUAGCAAAGAGAGUUAGUAAUGAAAAAAAAAAUAGUGAACUUCUAAAAAGUAAUUCGACCACUAAUUACAGUGGACUUUUAGUUGAUCAUUAAAUGGUCAUGCAAUAGUUAAAUUAACCACAAAUUGGUGAAUAAGUAUCAUCUGAUAUUCAAUCGGAAGGUAGGAGUUCCUAUUUCUCAUCUGCUCUUAUGUCUAAAAACUCUUAAUUAAUAAGUUUGAGUUUAAAUGAAUUUGAAUAAAUUACUAAUUAAUAUGAUACAAUCAAGUUUCCAAUUUAAUCUAGAAUUGAGGCGAGAAAUCAAAGAAUAAAAAUGAAGAACAAAAAUAUAACGAAAAUAAAUUAUGAAUUUCGUAGUUUAUUUAGUUUUGAAAAUUAGAAAGGGGAUACUAUGAAAAAACAAUAAGAUUUUUUUUAAUCGCUUUCAAAAUAAGAGAAUAAAUUAGAAAGUGUCAUUUAGCAAAAAGAGUGCAUUAAAUCCAUAGCUGAAAUGUUACUAAAAGAAUGA